CGUUAAUGGAUUCAAUUCAUCUUCCAACUUAUCACCAAUCAAUACGUGAACCCCGUCCAUUCAGCCAUGAAGCGGGCGCUAAACCAACAUAAGAGAUACACUAAUACCUUGUCGAAUAUAUUACGAUCUGAAUUCAUUAGUAUUAUGAGUACUAUUGAAGCCACCAGUUCAAGAUGGCAAAGCAGUCUAACCCAGUCCCCGGGCUUAGAUCUCCGUCAGAUCUCUUUGGGGAAACGAAGAUUCAUCGGUGUCUUGUCAAAAUUGGGAGCGACCAACAGAAACUUUUAGCGCUCCCUAAUUCAUGGGCUCAAUUUCUCAGUAGAAGUUCUAAGCCUUUUCUAAACGUACCUCCUGAAGUACUACAGGACCUGAAGGAGUAUUACUCUCGGCAAUUACAGCCAACGCAGUCAGACGAAGCCAUUUCAUCAGCUGAUGCACAGGCCGAUAUCAAUGGACAGGAUGAACAGCAAUCUCAAAUUGCUCAAUCUGAACACGACGCUGAAAGUGAUAAUGAGGAGGAGGAGGUUCAAAUCACAUCAUCAUGGCCAUCAAGCCCUGAGCAUCACAGAUUUAUACCCGAAAGAACAAGUGAUGAAAAUCCUCAGCAGCCAUUUAUUACGCAAGUCCCACCUAUAUCUCCCCCUCAGCCUACGAAACCUACUCUAUCUAAACAACAAGCUCUUCCUCCCUUCCCACACAGCAGCCAAGAGCAAGAAGAACCUCUUGAGGUCGAGGUACCGACUGGCAUUAACGACAAUAUUCCCCCUUUCGGAAAAUUAGAUGCGCAUAUGGGCACGACGCCCCCUUCCGCUCAAGUGGUACCGUGUACCUAUGAGCAGUCGGAGCAGUCGUCUUUGUCAUCGAAAACAAAGCCGAAGCAACCAAUCUACAAAGAAGUCCCUGAAUUCUAUCGCCCGCAAAAAAUUAGGCCAGUAUCAGCUCAUCCCAGCCUAGGCGUGGCAAGAUUAGAGCAUACUGUUGCGCCAUUUCCCAACGCACAGGGUGCCGAAUUAACGGGCAAUCCACCAUCUUCGAUUAUACCAUCUACUGUCCCGGAUGCGAUUCCACGGAGGAAUCCGCCUACUUGGCAAGUUAACCGGCCUAACUCUCCAUCUGGGAAUCCUCGUAUUGGUCACGACAGUAUCGAAGCCCCGGAUUCUCCACAAACUCAACCACCUUCACCCGAAUACAGCCCUCCAACGCCGCAGCUCAGAUCUUCGCCACCUGUUCCACAUAUUCCUCGAAUUUCAUCACCGGUCAUGAGUCAACCGUAUUCGGUAUCGCAAACACCAUUUAUCCGUUACACUUUAACGUACCCAAGCUACAAUGGAAGCAUCAAUGACUUCGUGACUGCUUGCAUGUAUAUUCAGCUCCAACAGCGAAGGAUACGAACGUCAUUGUACGAUGAUUUUAUUCGAGCGUGGCAUGAAGGUUAUCUGCCAUAUGUCCAGGAAUGCGACGAGGCAGAGCCUCCCGUGAAGGCGUUAAAUGCCAUUGACUGGUAUAACCAGAUUGAUGAUGACCCAGUAUUUACGUCGCGAAUUAUUAUAAAACAAAAUCUUGAGUCAACUCUUAAUUCUUAUCCAGAUGAGCUCAGUGCAUGUCGGGGCCUCCUAGGCCUAUCAUCAGGACAGUCUCGAGGCCCAACGAGCACUCCGGAUGCUACUCUUCUGGCGAAAGGUCACAUCUCUUCGCCAAAACUUACUGUCACGGGAGACGCCAUGCCUAGCGGAAAAGGUCAAGAUAUUCCAGCAGUAGAGACGACUAAAAGUGCAUCUAAUGACAUCCCUUCGGCGGCUUCACCCAUACCCCCGAAGCCAAACCACAAAAAAAUCAUUCCAGUUACCCAAUCGAUGGGAGAGAUCGGGUCAAGGCCAACUAAACCUAAGGGGCUUACGCGAUCCUUCUCCGAAACAUCUCGUCACAAGAGGAAAUCAAGCGAAGAACUCAAUUUUUCCCCGCCUAAGAGGGUAUCAGUCAACUCCCUAGCUGGACCCGACUCCGGAAGCGAUACAACCACCGUGAAGCCCGAAGUCCCUAAAAUUCCAGCUCGAGGUUCUCCCACGCCUAGUUCUAUAGCGGAGAGAAAGAGGAAAUACGCCAACGACCCGAAAAAGAGAAUCGAAUUGUUUAAAAAGUUCGCCACGAAGAAGCGGUAUAAGCGGGAAAGGGACAGUAUCACGAGCUCGGCGCCUGUGAGCAAUACUCCGACGUCUGCCCAGAGAGGAUAGACAUCGGCGUACAAAAGUUGUACGAUAUCUGUAAACCGUGCAAACCGGGAAAAGCUGACAUGUUCUACGGUUUGUUAACUUACGGAGUUUCAGGGUGGUACUUGUGCGUAUAUCGCGAGCUUGAGAUACCCCGAUUUGCGAUCAUUUACGUGUCUGGGAGACAUGUAUUACAUAUCGUUUAGAGAAUUUUACGUGAGACAGCCAAUGUGUAGAUACUACCUCGCCAUAAUAUUACUACUACCAAGCACGCAUUAGACAACAGUCGACUCCAAUUCCUGACUACGGAAUAUAGUAAGGUAUAUUCGUCACGAGGUAAACUAGAAUGAUAGGUACCAUGAGAUAGGCC